CCUGUGCGCCGCCAGUGCGGGGCGCAGCCGCUCCCCAGGGCUCGGGGGGCCCUGCUGGGGGGCGGGGCGCGGGCCAGGGCGGGAAGCCUUGGGAUCCUGGGGCGCCAGACCCGCGGCUGUGGCCUCCCGUCCGGGACAGCCCCGCGGGCAGGGGCUGCCGGAAGAUCUGGACGAGGACCCCAGGGGCGCCCCCCCCCCCCCGACCUGGGCUCCGGGGACGCGCAGACCCGGGGCGUGGCGACCUGGGUCGCGCACAUUCCCGGGCCCUGAGCUCCGCGCUCGGAAUAGCAGCCCGGGGUGGCGGGUGGCGGCGCCCAGUCCCAAGGUCACCGGCACCCACGGGCGGGGACACCGCGCGGGGGCGCACGGGGGCCGCUCCGCUCCCCAGAGCGCUCCGCGCCCGCCGCUUCCGCUCGCUGGGGCGCCCAGAGCCCGCUGCCGAGACCAGAAGGGCUCAGAGAGCUUGGAUUCAUCCCACGCCAAAGUCGCAGAGCCAGCUAGGGCAGCGAUGGGGCUCAGCCCCUGUCCUGCGGGUGCCCGCUGCCUGGGCCUCCUCUGCUCCCCCAGACCCCGGCCCCUGCAGAAUCUCCUGCUCUUGCUAGGGACCCUGCUGAGCUGCGGCUUGGGGGGCAGUGCUCAGGGUCCUGGAGAGUGGACGCCAUGGGGGUCCUGGACCCUCUGCUCCAGCUCUUGCGGUCGGGGCGUCUCAGUGCGCAGCCGCCGCUGCAUCCGGUUUCCAGGGGAAGAACCAUGCUCAGGGGACAGCCACGAAUACCGCGUCUGCCAGCUGCCCGACUGCUCACCAGGAGCCGUGCCCUUCCGAGACCUUCAAUGUGCCCUCUACAAUGGCCGCCCUGUCCUGGGCACCCAGGAAACCUACCAAUGGGUACCCUUCCAUGGGGCGCCCAACCAGUGCGACCUCAACUGCCUGGCCGAUGGGCAAGCCUUCUACCACAGCUUUGGCCGCGUACUGGACGGUACGCCCUGCAGCCCGGGAGCCCAGGGCCUCUGUGUGGCUGGCCGCUGCUUGAGCGCUGGCUGUGACGGCGUGCUGGGCUCCGGCGCCCUCGAGGACCGCUGUGGCCGCUGCGGCGGCACCAACGACACAUGUCUCUUCGUGCAGCGCGUGUUCCGUGACGCUGGUGCCUUUGCUGGGUACUGGAACGUGACCCUGAUUCCCGUGGGCGCCAGACACAUUCGCGUGGUGCAGCGGAGCCGGAACCACCUGGCGCUGAUGGGCGGUGACGGGCGCUACGUGCUCAAUGGGAACUGGGCGGUGAGCCCUCCGGGCACCUACGAGGCUGCAGGCACCCAAGUGGUCUACACCCGCGCCGCGGGGCUGGAGGAGACGCUGCAGGCGGCCGGGCCCACCACACGAGACCUACUCCUGCAGGUCCUCCUGCGGGAGCCCAACCCCGGCGUGCAGUUUGAGUUCUGGCUUCCUCGCGAGCGCUACGCCCCCUUCCAGGCGCAGGCGCAGGUCCUGGGCUGGGCCCUGCGGCAGCCGCAACCCCGGGAGGUGGAGCCUCUGCCGGCUCAGUCCCUUGAAGCCUCCGCGGCCCGCAGCCCGACCCGGGCCCCAGAGCCCUGCCCACCCUGUCCUGACACCCGUGGUCGCGCCCACCGGUUGCUACACUACUGCGGAAGCGACUUUGUGUUUCAGGCCCGAGUGCUCGGCAGCCACCGCCAGGCCCAGGAGAUCCGCUAUGAGGUGCGAAUUCUGCUCAUUUAUAAGAACCGCUCGCCACUGCGCACGCGCGAGUAUGUGUGGGCUGCCGGGCCCUGCCCCUGCCCACCUCUGGCUCCACAUCGUGAGUACCUGCUGGCAGUCCGGCGCCUCGUCAGCCCUGAUGGCACCCAGGACCGGCUGCUGCUGCCCCACGCUGGCUAUGCCCGGCCCUGGAGCCCUGCAGAAGACAGCCGGGCCCGUCUGGUUGCCAGGCGCUGCCCUGUCUGAGUUCCUGGGAGAGGCACCUACCCUGCAAGACACACCUCACUGGGCUCAAACAGCGUAUUUCUUCUCUCAUCCUGGUGUCCAGGAAGCUCAAAAGUAUCUCCCACUUGCAACUAUGUGAUUCCCUGUCCCACCAUGGGCACCUCUGCAUAUAGUCGGAUCCACUGUCAGGAGCAGGCAGGAGCAGGCAGGCACUGCUGAGGACACAUAGAGACAGAGCAGAUGCUGACGUGUAUUUCCCCUCUCACCCUGGCUACCAGGAGGCUCAUGGUUGUUUUCCACUCAGAAAUUCUGUGUCUGCUUUCAUUCAUCUCACAUUGCAUUCACAUGGUUAACAAUACUGUCACAAAGAAGCAUGUCCCAGAGGGACACAUGCCUGGUGGAAUAUUGCAAUGAGUCAGUUUCCCCUCUUUCCCUGGGUACCAGGAAGCUCCUCUGUGUUUACCUCCCUGACUCUAUCUGUGCUCAUCCUCAGUUUUUGUCACUCACAACCCACCCCCGUGUAUUUAGAGACACUCACCAACAGGUAUGUAACUUUGAAGAAAUGCAUAAUUAGGCCCUAUCAACUACUGAUUUCCCCUUUUGCCUUGGUUACUAGGAAGCUCAAACCUCACACUGGUUGAGUUUCAGUUAACAGAUUGCUGCCCAUAACUGUUGUUAUUCCUAUUUAAUUAAUCUUUACAAGCACAAAAACAAAAAGAAAACAAGCCAGGUAUGUUGGCACAUGCCUGUCAUUGCACCACUUGGGAGGCUGAGGCAGGAGGAUCAUCACGCAUUCAAGGUCAUAGUGAGUUCAAAUCCAGCCUCAACUGCAUAGUAAGACCCUGUCUGAAAACACCAAGCCAAAAGAAUCUGAGUACCCAGUCACAUACUCAGCCAGACUCGGGGACAAUCUGGUAGAAUCACAUGGCCGUGGUCCUGAAGCCCCACUUACCCCCAGCAUCUCUGGCUCUCUGGCAAGGGGUGAACAAUUGAGGGCUGCAGAGUGGGCCCUGCCCCUCCCACCGCGCGUCCCCAGCUGCACCCACGGGCCGGCUCACUGGCCUGGACCGAGAUUUAUUGAGCAACUAGUGUAUGACAAGGACCAGCCACUCAGUGGUCCCUGGAAUGACCCUGGCAGGCCUAGCCUGGGGGUGGGGGAAGCCAUGAUCGCUUCCUGACUUUCUGUAAUGGUCCUCGGUGACCUGUCCGCGCGGGAAAGCCCAGGACCCCCACACCUCCAGCAAGGUGAAGGUGGGGUGGGGAAUGUGCAGGGAUCGGGCGCCCCCUGGCGGUGAUAGGGGUCGAUGCACCCGGCCAACAUCAGGAUCCCCCUGGGGGCCUCUCUGGCGUACGCUGUUGUUCCCCCUUUUCUGGUACCCAAGACAGUGCCCUCUGCCCUGUGCCAGGUAGAGGGGGAUGCGACGGGAGAGUCCACAUGACACUUGGAGGGUCGCGUGUGGGGUCUGCUCUGGCUUGGACCCUGCAUGGUGACUAGAUGUCCAUGACAGAGUAGAGUGCAGGGGCCACCCACACAGCCAUCCCCACGCCAGGUGUGUGGGGACAAAUGUCCCCAGGCCACAUGGGUGGGGAUUGCUGUACAGCCCUCAGGGCUGCUCCAGUAGCAUUGGCUGGAAUGGAGCCCAGGGCCACCCCCAUGCCGGGCACAUGCCACCCGAGCCCUCCCUUGGUGUUUAUUUUGAGGCAGGAUCACACUAAGCCACUGUGGUGCCCAGGUUGGGCUCCGACUUGGGAUCCUCCCGCCUCAGCCUCCUGGGUGCUGGGAUUACAGGUGUGUGCCACCAUGCCUGGCUUGGAAAUGUUAAUUCUCUACGGACAGCACAUGCCCUGUCACCUGCCUGGGGCUGACCCUCAGCCCUGACCUCCCACCCAAGCCCCAGGAAGCCGAGCCAGGGUGGACCCCAGGGCCCCAGCAGCGGGCCACAGCCAGCCUCUGGGCUGAGGGGCCCAGCAGGCAGGCAGGCCACAGGUGCUAAGGCUGGUGCAUGUGCUGGCAGAAAGGUUGGAGCCAGUCCCAGUGGUACCCGUCUGUCAACCCAGGGCUCUGGGAGGCUGAGGCAGGAGGAUCUCAACUUGGAGCCCAACUUGGGCAACUUAGACUCUGCCCCAAAUAAAAACAAACAAAAACAAUCCAAGCCACCUGGGAUGUAGGGGCAGAGCCAGGCCUGCUUACCCAGGGAGUGGGUACUGAGGGUGGCACUGGGGUCACUCACACUAGGCAGGCACUCACUCCUGAGCAUGUCUAAAUUUAGGAUCCUCUUGCCUCAGCCUCCUACACAGCGGGAAUCACAAGCCAAUGCCACACACAAGCCUUAGGGCAAAGGUGAGGGGUGCAUGCGAGCCAGCUUGCCCUCCUCUCCCAGGGACCAUGGCAGAAGCCUCCUCUACAACUGCUGGGCCAGGCAGCAACAGCUGGAGAGGCCAAGGACCCUGGGUGGGGCUCAUUAGUGGUUACCCACAAGUCUUCCACACCCUCUGAUAACACCUACUUCCUGGGUGAAAGCCCAAGUUCUCCCCAGCCCCCGAAGGGCACCGCCAGGACUCCCAGGACUCUGGCCUCCCUCCCAGUUCCUCCUCCCAGCUGCCUGCCCAAUUCCCCAGACUAAGUCCUGCCCCAGGGCCUUUGAACUUUCAGUCCCUGGCUCUGCAGACCCAGACCCCAACUCCCAGCAGGUUCCCUGCUCCUCCGUGCUAUUUCUGUACCCCUGACCUAUUUAUCACCUCAACUUUCCCCUCCCCAGCUGUGAGCCCGUGGCCAGGCCUGCAAUCCCACUCAGGAGUAGGCUGAAGCAGGAGGAAUUCAAAUUUGAGGGCAGCCUGGGGAGCUUGGCAAGAACUUGUCUCAAAAUAAAAUUGUAUUUUUAAAAGGGUUUGGAUGGCUAGGUGUGGCGGCACACUCAGCAGUCCCAGCAGGGAAGCUGAGGCGGGAGGAUCGCUGCAAGCUCCAGGCCAGCCUGGGCUACAUAGCGAGUUUCAGGGCAGCCUGAACUGUCUCAGAAACAAAACAAAACAAGAAAAGCCAGGAAGCUGGGAUGUAGCCUCAAACAAAGCAAAACCAAAAGCAAGUCGCAGCGUGCAGGAGACCCCGCCAGUGACCGCUGACAGCGUUGCAAUGUUAGGGGGACCGGCGAGACUUGAGGGCUCCCGGCGGCAGACUCUGUUCAGACCCAGACCCAAUUCGCACCACGGGGGCGUGGCCUGAAUUAGAUCCGCCCUCUACACUACCGGAGCGGAGCCUUAAGCCCCGCCCACAAUGGACCACGGCCCCAGGCCACCUCUGGUAGAAGAGGUCUCAAGUGUCGCUGGCUUUGCUACGACCCCUACUGUGGCAUCCUGAUCUUUCCAGCUCCAUCUCCGUUCCCUGCCAGAGUUUUCUGGGGUCCCCUUAAGGGCUCUCAAACUCCAGUGCUGUAGUUCUGUUCUACCUUCUGGGGGCCUCAGUGAGCUGAAAGGGAUGGUCUCUUUUCCCUUUUCUGCAAGAGUUUUUUUUUUUUUUCCUUUUCUUUGUUUUGGUGAGGGGAUGAACUCACAGCCUCGGGCUUACCAGGCAGGCGCUCGGGCCACUGAGCUAAAUCCCCAGCCCUCUGCAAGACUUUGUUUUUUAAAAGAAAGGGGUUUGAGCCAGGCAUGCUGACACACACCUGUCACCCAAGUACUCUGCCGGGCUGGAGAUGCCACGCCCCAGGGGGUCGGGCGUGUCUCUCCACUCUCGCAUUUCCAAAAUAAAGGUUACUUAUAUUUUA